AUGACCUUGUCUUUGCCUUUCUCAAGCCAUAAAGAGAUGGCUCAUAAAGUGCCGUUUAUUUAUGACUCAGACCUAGAGGAACAAGCGGAUGAUGCGAGUAAGGACGUAUCGGUUACAUAUACAAUUUCGGAGAGCAGUGAAGACAACAUCAUUAUCAGCACCUUUCGGGACUCACGCUCUCAAUGGAUAGACGAUCCAAUCAUUAGUCAAUGGCGAGAACCUAGUCAUAAAAUCUAUAGUGUCUUGUCUGAGGUCAACAAUUUGUACAAAUCAUGGAAAUCCAGACUGCCCCGACCUUUCAGUCCCUCAACUGACGCUUUGUGGAUCUCAACUGCCCAAUUUGUUGCCGAAGCCGGACUUCCCUGGCAUAGCAAUCAGAUCAACAUGCCCGGAGAGAUUGACACAAGCUGGCCAUUCCAUUUCAAAUCAUUCGAGACGGAUGUCAUUAAGGCGAAAGGGGCUCGCGUUGGUGAUGCGAAUGCGACUGGCUACGUUUGCAACUUAGAUGAAGCGAACCUGUAUUGCAUCAGAGCCUUGCAGCAGGAGCUCAGAGAGAAAUGUUCCACACUCAGGCCAUUGUUACUAUAUGACCACUUCGAAGAGGGAAUAUUAAAGUCUGCGGAGACUAUAUUCGGACUGGAGUUUCACCGCGUCAGUCUCUCGAGAAGCAAGAAGGAAAUCUACGAAAUCUUGCUGAAGCUCACCCGGAAAGGACACCGCGCCGUCAUCUUCGCAGCGAUUCUAGCCAACAACCACGGGGAAUGCGAUGACUUAAACUUCAUUUGCGAAAUUUCGGAGAGCUUUCCUCUUAUCCUUCACAUAGACGCAUCUCGGAACUUCGAUUACAUCACGACUAUGUCCGACAGCGAGAGGAGACGACUCGGGAUCGAAAGACUCAAGCUGGGCGUCAAGCCUGUUGACCAACCACUUCGUUCACACGAUGGAUCAAUUGUUGUCAGCACAAUAAGUGCCGGUGGUGCAAAUCAUACAUCGCCAGCCCCCGUGGUUGCCUUGAAACCAGCCAGACUGGGAAGCACACAUGGACGAGUUGCCUACACACGAGCUUCCGACAGCACACUUGCCGGGUCCCGCGAUGCUCUGGCGCCGCUGAUGGUGGCGUUGCAGGAAAUUCGAUUUGGAGAGUUAGGGUUCCGUGAUAUUUACGAACAUUGUUCGAGCAUGCGCAACAUCUUAUUGUGUGCCCUUCAAAGUCAGGGUUUAGAAGCAGUGGCACCAGCCUAUUCUCUUGACAUCAUCGUUAAAGACUGUUCUAAUAAGGAAAUUGCCGUGCUAUCAGGCUUUGGAGGUGUUUCUACUGGGAACAGCGUGGUCCUCCUCACCAUCCAACCCAGUGUCACUGAGUUGAAUAUCGAAACUCUUAUUGCAAGUUUGUCUUCGGCAACGCAGUAUCAAAUUAGCGAAACGAAACCGAAAUUGAACCGAGAUUUCUCGAUGAUUUAUUCAAUUCCCCAAAGUUUGGUGUAUGAGUUGAAAAACACGGUGCAGUCCUGGAAAGUAGCCACCCGAUCAGCAGCAGGCUACCCUUUCCACAUGGGCUCAUACUCAGCGCUUGGCCCAGUUAUAGGCCGCUUUCUGGAACUGGAAAUGCCCAAUGACUGGAUCCAUUCAAAAGGACAUGAAAUACUUGCCACACGCAUGAAAAUGUUCGGUCUAGCGGAACCUCGACAGCGAGCAGACUUUACGGGGACUUUCACGAAUGGAUCCACAAUGGGAAACCGCGUGGGUAUCCAUACCGCCCUGUCGCAUUUUCCGGACGCACAUGUAUACUUCUCAGCCGAGUCACACUACAGUGUUGCCAAGACCUUGCGAGAUUGCGAUGCGUUGACGAACCGGUGGUCAGACCGCGGUCCGCGUUUCUCCCAGAUACCACAGAACGCAGAUGGAAGUAUGCUUGUCGAGGCACUUAUGCGGAAAGCAUUAAUCGACCGGGAACAAUGCUGGCAGCUUCGCGAGGAAUACCGCAUGAUCUUAUUCGCCAAUAUGGGAACCACCUUCGCUGGAGCCAGGGACAACCUUCGACGGAUUCGCCAGAGUCUUGCUGGAGUUGGGAUCGAAAUCUCAUAUAUUCACAUGGACGGAGCGCUGAACUUUGGAUUCAACAACUGUGGUAUCACUUUAGGUCCACCGGCAACGGAGGAUGCCAACGGCAUGCCUGCUGUUCAAGGUGUGACGCUAAGCCACCACAAGGCAAUGGGCAACAUGGUCUCCGGCGAAGUCAUCUGCUAUAGGCCUAGUAAUCACCUGGCCACACUAGGCUCCAGCGUCGACCCCCGAGCCAUUUUCGAGACUUGGCUGUACGGCCUGGUAUACAGCUCUCAUGAUAUGGCGGUAAUGUUCAGGCACUGCCAGGCCAACGCGGAACAUCUCGAAUCUGGGUUGAGACGACUUGGUGUUGUCACGAAGCGGAAUCCAGGGAGCAUCAUCACAGUUCUGGAAAGGCCACCUGCUUGGAUCAUUGAAGAGUUCUCGUUAAGACCUGAAGGGGGCUGGGUGCAUUUCAUCAUUAUGCCGCAUAUUUCGAGGGAGACGGUGGACCUUUUUAUUGAUCGCAUUGCUUCGGUGGACAGGCAGUGUCAUAUUGCAUUUUGCUAUGUUACGCCCUUGCUUAGUGCAGUCAUGGAAAGGUCAACGGGCUUGAGGCGGGUACAAUGUCAGCAGCCUAUGGCGACAAGGAUUGCGAGAAUACAUAAGUUUCUGAUAGUCGCAGAUAGGGGGGAGAUUGGAGCGACUAUAGAGGCAAGCCUCGGUAGCGCUUUAACGGUUGUCGUGGUCGAUGAACAGGACCAGCUGCAAGCGGUGUUCCUGGCUGAAUCGACUCGGGACAGGUCGGUCCGCUACGGGCCAAUACUACUUUCUUCCAAGUAUUGUCACUUGGAUAAUUUAAUACUUGACGUGGCUAGGCAACUUAUGGGAUUUAUGGCGAGGCACAUGGAUGCCAAACUCAGAACUGAUGAUAGGCGUGACAGGGUGUAUUGGUUCUAG